GUUGAAGGAAAGGUAACAACAAGUGUAAGUUCAGGGGACCACGUCAGGUAGGAACAAGCAGCAAGUGUUUGGAUGUAUUAUUUUGAAGCAUGUGAUGCAAGUUUCUGAAUGAUUGAGGUACAGUACCUGUGUGGAGUUUGAAGAGAAGGAUGAUUGGGAGCACACACUUUUUUAACCUGUUUCUGAUGCUCAUGGACAACUUUUUCAUGAAGAACACAUGAAAACACACUUUGGCUGGUCCUGAAUCGUAAAUGACCCUCCACAGCUUUCUGGUCAUCUAAUCACGACUCCCCAACCUCCAUCCAGCUCGGCCCACCCUGUCUGUUAUCUCUGCAGACAUUAAAUUACACCUGCCUUCAUCUCAAAUACAGACCUCUGCGAGAACUCUUUUCCCUUUUGUAACAUUCACUACCAAGUCCAAGGAUCCAUUCUUCUCUUCUAUGUAUCUAACUCUGUGAGAUUUCAGUGCCUCGCUCGGUUUGAAUCCCUUAGCCAUCCCUAGUAGUUCCCAUUACUCUGAGCUCUCGGCAGCACCCACCCUCUCUUGCUCCUUACUGGUUGACUCCUUGGGUCCUGAGCCAGGAUGAAUGACGUCCAGGAUGCUACCUCUCCAGGGGCCGCUCUAGGUGGCCCUGUCGCCUGCGUCUCCAAAGUGGAACUGCGCGUCGCCUGCAAGGCCCUGCUGGACCGAGACACAUUGAACAAGUCUGACCCAUGUGUCAUACUCAUGGUGCAGAACCAGGGACAGUGGACAGAGCUUGACAGGACAGAGGUGAUCAAGAGCAACCUGCACCCGGUCUUUGCCAAGGUCUUCACCCUGGACUACUACUUUGAGGAAGUGCAGAAGCUGCGGUUCGAGGUCUACGACAUCCAUGGCACCCACAGUAUUGGCACCCGCGACGACGACUUCCUGGGCGGAGUGGAGUGUACGCUCGGCCAGAUUGUAGCCCAGAAGAAGAUGGUGAAGCCUUUAUUCCUAAAGUAUGCGAAGUACGCUGGGAAAUCCACCAUCACGGUACACGCUGAAGAAAUUUCUGGCAACAAUGGAUAUGUUGAACUGUUCUUCUGUGCCAAGAAACUGGAUGAUAAGGAUCUCUUCAGUAAGUCAGACCCCUUUUUGGAAAUAUAUCGAAUUAACGAUGAUGGGACGGAACAGCUCGUUCACAGAACUGAGGUAAUCAAAAACAACCUGAACCCCGUGUGGGAGCCCUUUAAAGUGUCUCUCAUCUCUCUGUGUAGCUGUGAUGAGGACAGGAAGCUCAAGUGCCUAGUCUGGGAUUCUGACUCCAGGGGAAAACACGACUUCAUCGGGGAGUUUUAUGCCACCUUCCGAGAAAUGCAGAAAAUUGGCGGUGGAAGCAAGGUCACAUGGGAUUGCAUGAAUCCAAAGUACAAACUGAAGAAAAAGAACUACAAGAACUCUGGGGUGGUCAUCCUCAGUGAUCUCAAGCUUCACAGAGUGUAUUCCUUCCUCGACUACAUCAUGGGAGGAUGCCAAAUCCACUUUACAGUGGCCAUUGACUUCACAGCCUCCAACGGAGACCCACGGAACAGCUGCUCCCUACACUACAUCAACCCGUACCAGCCCAAUGAGUAUCUGAAGGCUUUGAUAGCAGUGGGGGAGAUCUGUCAGGAUUAUGACAGUGACAAAAGAUUUUCCGCCUUGGGAUUUGGUGCCAGAAUUCCACCCAAUUAUGAGGUGUCCCAUGACUUUGCCAUCAAUUUCAACCCAGAGGACGAUGAAUGUGAAGAGAUUCAGGGGGUGGUGGAGGCCUACCAGAACUGCCUGCCUAAGAUCCAGCUGUAUGGUCCCACCAACGUCUCUCCCAUCAUCAGCAGGAUAGCCAAGCUGUCAGCAGGAGAGGAGACCAUCAAAGAUGCCUCACGUUACCACAUCCUGCUGAUCCUCACAGACGGCGUGGUGACAGACAUGGCAGACACACGCGAGGCCAUCGUGCGUGCCUCCUACCAGCCCCUGUCCAUCAUCAUCGUUGGCGUGGGCAAUGCAGACUUCACAGACAUGCAGAUCCUGGACGGGGAUGACGGGGUGCUGCGCUCACCCAAAGGAGAGCCCGUCCUCAGGGACAUUGUGCAGUUUGUGCCCUUCAGAGACUUCAAAACGGCCUCGCCUGCUGCCUUGGCCAAAUGUGUCCUUGCGGAGGUGCCCAACCAGGUGGUGGAGUACUACAGUCACAAGGCCAUCUGCCCCAUGCCGCCCAUCCCAUCAUGUGACUCUCCCACCUCCCUUGCCAACACCCCUACAGAAUCACUGCCAGCAGUGGGGACCACGGCCUGACCACAUCUCAGUCCAGAGAGAGAGAGGGUGCAGAUCGCUGCUCUGGACCAAGAACCAUGGUCAUUAAUAUUAGUGUUGUUGUCAUUCCUUUUUCAUUCGUACAGUGUUCACACACAGACUGGAACAGAAACCUUUGGAUUGUUUUCUCUCUCCGUUCGGAUCAUGUCCCUCUGCCUGGCUGUGCAUCCAUCUGCCUGUUCAGCAUGAUGCUGGAGGAUGCAUGCAGGUGAAUCCCUCCCAAAGUUGAUCAACUAUGGUCACAGGCUCUCUGUCCCCUUCUGCCCUGAUACUGGCAUCUUGGCCCUCAGCUGAUUUUUUUAUGACUUUCAAGGCUCUCCAAGGCUUCAGUCUGCUUCUCUUGUGUGUCCAUUUUGCUCUGCUGUGUCUCUCUGUCUUACUGCCCAUCACUGGUAUUGUCUGAAGAGCCUGUCAACUGAAGGAUUGAGGGAGGGGGAAUCUAAACAUAUCAAACCACAUGAGUCUUUCAAUUAUGAGGAAAGAGAUUUAGGUAACACUUUCUUUUACUUUUCCUAAAUGAUGCCUGCACAGAAAAGGUAGUCAUAUACAGUACGGGUCAAAAAAUUUGGACACACCUGCUCAUUCAAGGGUUUUUCUUUAUUUUUACUAUUUUCUACAUUGUAGAAUAAUAGCAAAGACAUCAAAACUUUGAAAUAACACAUGGAAUCAUGAAA